AUGGCAAACUCCCCAAGUUUUGUAAACCUUUUAGCUAGUCAAGGGGUAGUUGACCUUGACUCACCGCAACCUCCCUUUCCUAACUUUAGCAUCCAAUGUUCCGAUGAGUGUACUGUAAAAGAGAGGAGAAAAUGGUCACCGAAGGCGGAUAUAAUCCUCAUCGGUGCUUGGCUCAAUACUAGCAAAGACCCAAUAGUCAGUAAUGAACAGAAAGCUGGUGCGUUCUGGAAGAGGAUUGUAGAGUUCUACAACUCCAGUCCUCUUCUGGUUGGGACAAUCCCAAGAGAACUCGGCCAAUGCAAGCAAAGAUGGGCUAGGAUAAGUGACUUGGUAUGUAAGUUUUCUGGCUGCUACGAGAUGGCCCUGAGGGAGCAGAGAAGCGGGCAAAAUGAAGCCGAUGUGAUGAAGGACAGUGGUAAGGACAAGCGCAAAAUAGUUGACUCUGAUGCUCAAGGGUCAAAGCGCAGAACAGUUGACUCUGAUGCUCAAGGGUCAGUGACAGAGCCACAAGAGAGACCCAUUGGAGUUAAGGCAGCUAAGGCUGCUGGGAAGAGGAAGAAACUUGGAAAAGAAGAAGAACUAGGACAACUUAAAGAAAUGAUGGUCACCAAAAAGGAAAUCUCAAAUCAGAGUUUGCUUGCAAUUUGCUUACGCAUCUUCGUUGUUCUCUGUUUCAGGUACAAGACCCAUGUGAGCACUGAAGACAAGUACGCUGCUGUAUAA